AUGGAUCCGUGCAUGGGCAAGCUCAAGCGUUCAUGUCAAGAGACAACAAGCGAAACGGACGACCAGGAAAGAAGACUGGUGCGUGCCACAAGUGUGGGAAACAAGGACAUUGAAAUGCAGAGUGCUUCUCGCGGAUCCAAGAACGUGCGGAACGACAUCGAUUCCAGCCACAUGACGAGCUCCAAGAAGAUCAUCAAGAGCUACAAGGUCUUCAAUCCAGUCGAUGUGCACUUGGCAGACGAUGGUGUCGUUCAAGCGAUCGGAAAAGGCGACAUCGUGAUAUCAAUGAAGACGCCACGCGGUAUCAAGAAAGGUGUGCUCACGGACGUGUGGCAUAUCCCGAUGUUAUCGCGUAAUCUGUUCUCCGUGGGUAGACUCACCAAGGACGUCGGUUAG